AUCUCAACAAUAAGGAGUUAAUAGAGCUGAAGCGUCGCUGUCGCGCUGAUAAGAUCGCCGGCUUGAGCUUGAGUCGCAUCACAUACCUGAGCAUCGCCCAUGAAUCGGAGCCAGAUCCGGAGCAGGCGCUCGAAGCGGGGCUGUUGCAUACGGAGCUGUUGAUUACGCCGGAGAGUUCGCCGGAUGAGCGGAUGGCACUGCAGCUGGGCAAGAAGCUCGCCCAGGUGCUGGGCAGCAGCUCGGCCUCGCCCACGCCCACGCCCCCCGGCUCGCUCACGGAAGCCAAUAUGAUGCCCGUGGGCGUGGCAGCGGGAUCUGUUGCGAUUGCCACGCCCCGUGUCGAUUCGCCCCUGGGCAAUGGGGGCGAGCUGUUCAACAUAUCCAAGGCCAAGAAAGUGGAGCUGCAGAAUCUGUCGUCACGUUUCACAGCCGCCGUCAGCCCAGCCUCGACGCCCACAAAUCUAACAGAUGUGGGCGUGCCAGCGACAGCUGCAGCGACUACAUCGACUCCGACACCAACUCCAACUCCAACCUCGACCCCGACUCCGACUCCGCUGGAAACGCAGUCAACUGUUAUAAUUUCGUUUAAAUCAUCUCAAACACCUGCCUCAGCUGAACGCUCAGCCUCGCCCACUGACAGCAGCGCUGCUGGGGAGGCGCUGCUGCAGGGGGACGAGGCUAAGCAGUUGGAUGCUGAUGCGGCCUCGCUGGUGCCGCCUCCGCCCGGCUAUGGCACGCCCACCAAUCCGCUGCUAUCGAGCAAUGUGCUCAAGAAGGUGGCCAGCUUCUCGGUCGAGAGAUCGACGUCGACGAGCAGUAGCUGCAAUAGCAGCAGCGCGCCUAUCGUUCAAUCGCCAGCGCUAGCGAUGGCCGCGCCAGCGCCAGCGCCAUCUGGCGACGAGAGGGAGACAACACUGACAGCAGCGCAGCUGGAGCAGAGCCUUGCUGCCGGCGCAGGGUCGCGGCGCGGCUCGUCUUUUGUGCCGGAAAAGUUAAGCUUCGCUGCAUAUGAAAAGUUCGAAGGUCAAAUGCUGAUCAAAUGGCUAAUAUCAACGCUGCAGAGCAGCGCCGCCUUGGGCACUUUGGGCCAGGAAUCUCUGAAUGCGAUGACGCUGCAGUUCUGUCAAAAUCUCAAAUAUGUGGGCGUAUUGAAGCAGAUCUCCAAUGAGCAGCAGCAGCAGCAGGAUGCGCCGUCCGGCUUCAGCCCCUACGAGAUGUACCAGUGGACGCAUACGGAGCAGCCCACCACCUCGCUGCCGCUCACACCUGGCAAGCUGGACAAGGUGACCGCCUGGCCCUUCUCGAGCACACCCUCCGUGCAGAAGGGGCACUUCGAGGGCAGCUCGGCGCAAACGGACAGCCAGAAGACGCUGCAGCAGAUCCUGCGCAAGCGUCUGCUCAACUGCGCCACCCUGGCCGAGGUGCAUGCGGUGGUCAACGAGCUGCUGAGCAGCGUCGAUGAGCCGCCGCGGCGACCCUCCAAGCGCUGCAUCAACCUGACCGAGCUGCUCAAUGCCAGCGAGGCGACCAUCUACGAGUACAACAGGCCCGCGGAGAGCAAGAGCUAUGCGGAUGCGGGCAGCCAGACGGAGGGGGAACUGACCUGUCAGGGCUCGUGCAAGUGUGGGGGAAUCUCUGCAGGAGCAGCCACAGGUGCAGCAGAGGCAACAACAGCUGCACCACCACCGCCGCCGCCUCCGCCACCACCGCCGCCUCCUCCUCCGCCUGGCAAUGCAGGUGGCGCUGCACCACCGCCACCGCCGCCUCCACCGCCAGGCAGUGCUGGUCCGCCGCCACCACCACCACCAGGUGCACCUUGCCCCGGCAAUAUGCCGCCUCCUCCUCCACCCUUAAGCACGUCCAAGUCGGGCUCCUCGCUGGCGCCUGCACCACUGCCAGAUCCCGCCGAGGGAAAUUGGUUCCUACGCACAUGCGUUCAGCGCAAGAGCGCCGUCAAUCCGCCCAAGCCGAUGCGUCCCCUGUAUUGGACGCGAAUCGUUACCUCUGCUCCGCCCGUGCCGCGUCCACCGUCGGUGGCCAAUUCGACGGAUAGUGCGGAUAACAGCACUAGUUCGCCGGAGGAUUUGCCAGUGCCAGCUGCUCUGCCGCCAGUUCCUCCACCCUGCAAGGAGAUAUGGACGGAGAUUGAUGAGACGCCGCUGGACAAUAUAGACGAGUUUACGGAGCUCUUCUCGCGGCAAGCCAUUGCGCCAGUCAGCAAGCCCAAGGAGCUGAAGCCGAAGCGUGAGAAGUCCAUCAAGGUGCUCGACCCGAAGCGCUCGCGCAAUGUGGGCAUCUUCUCGAGAAGCCUACACGUGCCCGCCAGUGAGAUAGAGCACGCCAUUUACCAUGUGGACACGUCAGUGAUUAGCCUGGAGACGCUGCAGCAGAUCAGCUUCAUGCGCGCCACGGAUGAGGAGCUGCAGCGCAUCCGGGAGGCCGAUGGCGGCGAUAUACCACUCGAUCAUCCGGAGCAGUUCCUGCGCGACAUAUCGCUCAUAUCCAUGGCCAGCGAGCGCAUCUCGUGCAUUGUCUUCCAGGCGGAGUUUGAGGAGUCUGUCACGCUGCUCGUGCGCAAGCUGGAGACGGUGUCCCAGCUCUCCCAGCAGCUGAUCGAGAGCGAGGAUCUCAAGCUGGUCUUUUCCAUAAUUUUAACGCUGGGCAACUAUAUGAACGGGGGCAAUCGACAGCGUGGCCAGGCGGAUGGCUUCAAUCUGGACAUUCUGGGCAAGCUCAAGGAUGUCAAGUCCAAGGAAUCGCACACGACCCUCCUGCAUUUCAUUGUGCGCACCUACAUUGCUCAGCGACGCAAGGAGAUGACCCUGCACGAGAUAACGCUGCCCAUACCCGAGCCCUCGGAUGUGGAGCGAGCUGCCCAGCUGGACUUUGACGAGGUGCAGCAGCAAAUCAACGAUCUAAACAGAAAGCUAACGGCUUGUAAACAGACUACGGCCUUGGUGCUGAGCGCAUCCAGUGAACAUCGCGAGCCUUUCAAGUCCAAAAUGGAGGAGUUUACGGCCAGCGCCGAGAAGUCAGUUGCCAAGCUUCAUCAGCUGAUUCAGGAGUGCCGGGAACUCUUCCUGGAAACCAUGCGCUUCUACCACUUCUCUCCCAAGGGCUGCACCCUGACCUUGUCUCAAUGCACGCCCGACCAGUUCUUUGGUUAUUGGACGAAUUUUACCAAUGAUUUUAAGGAUAUAUGGAAAAAAGAGAUUACUAUUCUCAAAAACGAAAUUAUCAAAAAGCCGAAGCAAUUGGCGGUGGAAAAUCGCCGCGAUAGCUCCACUAGGGAUCGCACUUCGUGCAAAGCUCGCGUGAGACGCAGCAAAAACUAGUUGUUAGUCCAAAAUUAGCCGUACAUUUCGUUUAAGCUUAACAAUAAACAAAUCAGAAAACUCCUCGCACCAUUCAAAA